CAAAAUUGCAAUUUGAUCUACAUAGAUAAUCUAUAUAUAAUGGGUCUUUUUUAUUCAAAAUUUCAGUAUUUACAUUUUUGAGAAAUGGUAGAUUCAGACAUAGUAAAGAAUAUUCAAACGCUUAUUUUACGACCUGAUACUUUUACAACCGAUAAUGUAGAAGCCGUGGUAACGCAAAUAAUGCAACAAAAAGCCACUUCUGCCCAAAUAGCUGCAUUUUUAGUGGCAUUAAAAUUGCAUCAAAAAGAUUUUGAUCCUGAGGUCGUAGCUACUUUUUCAAACGUAAUGUUAAAAUUUGCUUUAAGACUAGAUUUGUCUAUGUAUGAAGGUUUACAAGAUUCUCUUAUUGAUAUCGUUGGUACUGGGGGUGAUAAUAUGAAUACCUUUAAUGUUUCUACUGCCGCAUCAAUAGUCGUCGCUGGUGCAGGUUGUAAAGUUGCCAAGUAUGGUAAUAGAGCAGCUAGUUCGCGGAGUGGCUCGGCAGAUAUUUUAGAAAACGUUGGAUGUGUAAUUGCCAAUGUUACACCGAAACAAGCUCCUCAUAUAAUUAAUUCAACAAAUUUUUGUUUUUUAUUUGCUCAAAAUUUUCAUCCCGCCUUAAAACAUCUUGCUUCUACACGUCGUGAAAUAGGAGUGCCUUCUAUAUUAAACCUAAUAGGUCCACUUACUAAUCCUGCUGAACCAAAACGUGUUGUUAUUGGUGUACAUUCAGAAAAUCUUGGUAUGUUAGUUGCUAAAACUUUAAAAAUAAAAGGUAUUACAGAAGCUAUGGUUGUUAAUGGUGAUAUUGGUUUAGAUGAGAUAAGUCCUGAGGGCGAAACAACUGUUUGGCAUGUUACUCAAUCACAAUCUGAUAUUAGAAAAUACAAAAUUUCACCUGCUAGUUUUGGCCUUCCAUCUCAUCCAAUAAGUGAUGUCAAAGGUGGUACGCCUAAAGAAAAUGCUGAGCUUUUGAUGGAAAUACUUUCAGAUAAAUAUAAAGGUCCAAUUUUAGAUUUUGUACUUUUAAAUGCUUCUGCUGCAUUAGUUGUUCAUGGUAAAGCAAAAAAUUUUAAAGAGGGGGUUGAAAUAUCUCGUGAAAGUAUAACCAGUGGAAGGGCUAAGAAAGCACUAGAAAAUUUUAAAGAAGCUACUUUAAUGGAAUCUUAAAUUUGCAAAAUUUUUUAUAGUUUAAAAUUAAUAUAUCUGUACACAAAUAUCAUUUAUCUUAUGUUAACCUAUUUAAAUUACCCACCAUAAAAAAUUGUUAUCACGUAACUUUUGGCCGGAAUUAUAGCAUUAAACUUCCGCUUAGUAAAAUAGAAAAUGACAAUUAUUUAUUAUAUGGGUUACAUGAUAAUAAUAAUGCUAAAUAGUUGAAAAAAGUAAAUUAUUAAUUCAACUAUCUUUGAUUUUAAACCAGUUUAGUCCAGUAUGUAUAAAUAUAUGUGCAAAGAAAUAUAAAAUUAUA